UGUUAAAAGUAGAGCUGCGUUUCUAUCUGAUGCUUGCUGCUUCAGCGGAACGAAACUCACCAACGAUGACGGACAGGGGGGGAAAAACUUUGUGAAACAUCAAAAUCAUCAACCGAUCAACAGUAUCGAAGACGAAGAAAAACCGAACAACGACAACCAUCCCCUCCGGGACCUGCGAUCUAAUUUCCUUAUUGUARCAAGARAAGAAYAAAAGAAUCAACAAGAUGGACAACGUCGGCAAUUUGCCCCCCUACCAACAGCAGGAAUUCAUGAAGUAUCUCGAGCAGAUGCAGCUGAAGGAUAGCCUAACGUGAGUGCGGUGUGGUCUGUUCUGUUCUGUUCUGUUGAUUGCCACUCGCGGAAUGCGGGUCGUGUUUUGUUUGGCCGAUAUCCAUCGCAGACAUUGUACGCGAUUGAAUUUUUGUGAAUGCACCGUGUGGCGAAGGCUUGCCAGAUAUAUUUCGAUCGUUAACAUUGUUGGUUGGCCCCUUCUUCUCGCGUUUUGUUUUUCUCUCUCACCGAAAUCAAUUGUCACCGAAUCGAUUCGAAACCAACUGCAGCAUGUACAACCGAUUGGUCGAGCGGUGCGCCGAGGGCUGUGUCACCUCCUUUCGGUCCAAGACACUCGACAAGCACGAAAUAUCCUGCCUGGAAAACUGCGCCGGACGGUACAUCAAAAUGACACAGCGGGUGGGACUGAGGUUUGCCGAGCACCAGGCCAUGCAACAGAAACGAGCCGCCGAAGCCGCUGCCCAAGGWAGCCCCUAGGWAAUGAAACGAAGUGAAGAGAUGAAAUAGAAAAAAAGGAUGCCU